AUGGCUCCUGGCGGCACGAAAAUCAUCAUUCGUCCUCGGCGAGGUCGAGGUGCGCCCUCCACACCAGCGCCUGAAGACUCCGAGGAGGAGGUCAUGCAAGUCGAGGAUGAAGAGGCUGGCGAAGCCCGCGGUUCGGGCAGCCCCUCGGGCUCUGCAUCAGUAACGCCGCUCGAGGACGACGACGAUGAGGCCGUCGACAUCGACGACACCGACGGGGACGCGGAUGUCCAGCCGAGCGCUGUGGAAAUCGACGGCGACGAAGGAGCGGACUACGACGAGCCUGUCGUACCGCGCAAACGCGGAAGACCGCGGGGGAGACCGCGCGGCUCUGGUACGUCCACUCCGCGCGGUACUCGUGGACGUGGGCGCGGGCGCGGUCGAGGGCGCGGACGUGGAAUCACCAUCAAGCUCCCGAAGCGCGGCGCGGAGGACAGUGCGGACGGGGAGACGUCUGAACCGCCUGCGGACGCGUCCGCGCCCCCGCCGGAUGGAGAAGAGGGUCCAGUAGGAGGAGGCAAACCAUUCGUCCGCAUACAAGGCAACGUCUACGUCAUUGACGGGGACGAGUAUGUCACGGAAGACGAUCCCAAAGGAGAUACCAAGAUUGACAAGAACGGAAACUUGUUGGGUGACCGGCGGUUCAAGUCGCAAACGUUCCUCCUUCCAAACCGCCAUCCGGAGCGCAUGUACAUGCUUGCAAUCGACGCGGCGCGCACGUCGGGUUUCCGCGAUUCUCUAUACUACUUCCGCCGAAACCCACUCGCGAUGAAGCUCAACGCGACGCAAGCCGAGAAGGAUUAUCUCAUCUCGGUCGGCAAGCUCGGAAACCACCUGAAGACUCGCAGUGUCACCAUGAUCACCGCCAGAAGCGCAUACAAGCUCCAUGGAGCUAAGACGCUAGUUGACGGCCGUUGGGUGAUCGAUGAUUACUACGAGGACAAAGCUCUCGAAGAGGUCACUGCGAAGGGCCUCAACCCAGGCGAUCCCGUGGGUGAGCUCCAGGAUCCCAACGCGAACAAGGAAGCCGCUGCUCUUGCCGACGCGUCAGGUGGCGGACAGGGCAACAAGAGCGAACGCACUGGUGGUGGGCUUGGGAUGUACCGCGCCGGUGGACCGACGACUCUAUUCGGUGGCUCCGGAUGGGGCCCGUACAGUGAUGGACCACUAAACGCGGUGCGCAAGUCUUACCUCACGCGAGACGGCGUCAACGAAGAGAACUGGAUGUAUGUCGCCGCUGAGCGUACGGCCCAUAUGACGAGCGAAUGGUCGAAGCUACGCAGGGAGAACCUCAAGGUGUGUGGUGGGAUCCUGCCGGAUCUCCCUGAGUUCGACCAAGACGCGCCGCGGGGUGCCGGUGAGAGGCGAUCUGCAGAAGAGAUGAUGGAGCUGGAGAGAAGGCGGAAAGAGCGCGAGCAGCAGCUUCCGGUGGGUGUGUACGAGCCACAGACGGGUGUCGUAAUUUACCGAGCGGAUACACAAGCGACUCAGGCACGCUGGGAGGAAGUACCUGAUUCCAGCCGCCGAGUUCUGGGUGGAUCAAAGGUUGGAGGUGCCGCGUGGGGCUUGACGUGGAUCGACACGGUUAUGCAGACGCCGCAAGAACACCAAGAAGGCCAAUGGGCGAAAGAGCGAGCAGAGUAUAUGGAUCUCAUCAGGAGUACGCCCUCAUAG